CAACCCUUCAACCUCCACCAAAAUCUCGCCGACCCGGAGCCUUUCGCUCUUGAUACCUCUGACCCUGGAUUGACGACUUCAACACCCGACACCAUGGCCAUUGCCAUGGGCUGGCAGAAACCCGACAAUGUCGCGGGCUCGUCGGCGCCGGCCAUCAUGGUCGGUCUCUUCGUUGCCUCUGGCGGGUUGCUGUUCGGCUACGAUACUGGGUAAGACUGACCACCAUUUUCUUUUGACUUUGGAUGCCUUUGGAUAUGGAUGGAUCACGACAUACGAUUCUCGAAGUCGCUACACCAACGAUGUUGCUCAUGAGGGAGAUACCGGGACCCAUCGACGAUACUUUAUUCGAUUUGACGAUGCGACGACUGCCACGGACUCGUGUGACAUGCAUGACGAAGCCAUCACCACAUAUAUCUCAAAAGAACGCAAGGCAAUAUCGCCGGAGGAAGUGCAAGAAGGAAAGCGAAACAAGGGCGAUGUACGAAACGGCAGCGACUUGUCUCGACGAACCUCCCACGAGAAACUCCGACUCGAUUCUCCGACCACGGACUUGUCCAUACCAGCCCAUUUCAUCGCGUCACAUCAUUUUGACAGCCAGAAACUAACCAUAUCUCUUCACAGAGCCAUCAACGGCAUCCUUGCCAUGACAGAGUUCAAGGAACAAUUCGGAAAGCACACAAAUUGCCACGACGAAAAGGGCGCCCUCGACAUUUGUACAAAAGACUCAUCUAUUAUCGUCGCCAUCCUCAGCGCUGGCACUGCCCUCGGUGCUCUACUUGCUGCACCCACUGGCGAUUCUCUAGGCCGUCGCAAGACCCUUCUUGUGGCCGUGGGCAUCUUCUGCCUCGGUGCCAUCUUCCAAGUUUGCGCUAACAAUAUAGAUUUGUUACUGGUUGGGAGAUUUCUCGCUGGCAUUGGUGUCGGCCUCAUUUCGGUCCUUGUUCCAUUAUAUCAGUCUGAAAUGGCACCAAAAUGGAUCAGAGGUACCCUCGUCUGCGCAUAUCAACUAUCAAUUACAAUUGGCCUCUUCUCCGCCUCUGUAGUCAACAUUCUCGCCUCUAAACUCAAAGAUUCCUCCGCUUAUCGUAUCCCUCUCGGCCUUCAGAUUGUGCCAGCCAUUAUUCUUACCGGCGGCUUAUUAUUACUACCGGAAACACCCCGUUUCCUUGUUAAGAAGGGCCUUCACGCCGAAGCCGGUCUUUCACUCAGUCGACUUCGACGACUAGACAUUACACAUCCAGCGCUCGUUGACGAACUGCAAGAAAUGAUAGCAAACCACCAAUACGAAUUAACAUUAGGACCCGACAGUUAUAAAGACAUCUUUAUUGGUUCCCCACACCUUGGUCGACGAACAUUUACUGGUUGCGGUCUCCAGAUGCUUCAACAGCUCACCGGUAUUAACUUCAUAAUGUACUACAGCACAUCCUUCUUUGACGGUGCCGGCGUCGAGAGCCCAUACACCAAAUCGCUUAUUAUCAACGUCAUCAAUGUUGUCUCGACAAUACCAGGCCUGUUGGUUAUCGAACGCUGGGGUCGACGAAAGCUUUUGAUGAUCGGAGCCAUUGGAAUGGCCGGCUGCCAACUCCUUAUGGCGUCUUUCGAUACUGCGACAGGGCAGAGUUACGAGAAAGCAUCGCAGACCAUUCUCAUCACAUUCUGUGCUAUCAACAUCUUCUUCUUCGCUGCUUCUUGGGGACCCGUGGUGUGGGUCGUAACAUCAGAGAUUUAUCCCCUCAAAGUCCGUGCAAAGGCCAUGUCGGUUUCAACAGCGUCAAACUGGCUUCUCAACUUUGGUAUCGGCUACAGUGUACCUUUCUUGGUUGGAUCAGGGCCAGGCAACGCCUCCUUUGGGCCAAAAAUUUUCUUCAUUUGGGGCGCCUUUUGCAUUCUGGCGGUCUUCUUUGUGUGGUGUAACGUGUACGAAACAAGUAAGAUCAGCCUGGAACAGAUCGACGAGAUGUACGAACGAGUGAACCACGCAUGGAAUAGCAAGUCAUUCGAACCGAGCUGGAGUUUCCAGCAGAUGCUCAACGAUGGUUGGUCACCGAGCGCCCAACCACCUGCAGGCCACGAGCUGCAAACAACGACGACUGCAUCAAGCGCAGACACAACUUUGGGUGACGGUGACGCAUCAUCAAUCACCGUGAAUCAGAACAAUAACAACAACGGUUCAUCGCCUAGUAACAACAACAACAACAAUGACCAGAACAAGGGUCCACCGCCGAUGGCCAUGGCCAAUGUCGACUUCAGCUAUUAGGCUCCACGUCGCCGAAUUGUUUGUCUAAAUUGCGUGUCUUUUGCCUGGACGUCACAUAAGGAAUCAGCGAUGGAGUUCAUGACGAGGUGGAGUUUGUGGGGUUUACGCGUUAUUGUCAUGGUCAUUGAUGAUUUCAUUCUCAUUUUAUAUGGAUUCUGUUUCUUUGUUUGUUGCCCAUCACAUCAACUCAAAUCGUCCCUCAGCCUGGGGCUACGGAUGGACUAUCGGUACUGGGGACUUGGCUGGGCUGGAUACCAAACUCUUGGCUCUUGGACAUCUUUUUCAUGAUUUACCUACCAUCUUUUUCAGGGAGUCACAGUGUUUUACAUCGUCGAUGAAUGGAUGCCCGGAUACCCUGUGGGCAGCGGCUAAUAGUCGAGAGGAGCGAAGUGACGGCGCAUGGCCACGGAUGGAUUUCUUGGGGUUACAGAAAGGCUUGAUAUCGAUCUGAUUACCUGUCAGCUACCAAAUACCAGCAUUUUUGAGCAUCUAAUACGCUUUGUACUGUCUAUCAAUCCCUUGUGAGAUCC